AUUUGUGUGAACUUUAGGUAAUAUUAAAUAUCUGAAAUGGGAUUCUUAUCUUUUAAUCACAUAUGCUUACGUUGAUAAACUGAAAUUGUACAUUCAUUUUCAUUGUUUCAGAUUUUUUUGCACUUCAAAUCACUAUAGCCAACAUUAAGACUAUUAACUGAACUUCACCAAUGGUAAAAACGCCUGAAUGGACGUUGACACUGACAGUGACAGCUGACAGUUUAUGAUCGGGCGGGGCGCAGCGCAGGCGGCAGGCGGGACGAGGUGACGGCCGAAGGAAGGAAGAACACCGAGAAUUUUCAUUCUAUUUCUAACUAAUUACGGUGAUUGAUAUCACCUCUAGCUGGACCAACGCCUUAUUUUUAUACAGGCGCCCUAUAAAAGCUAGAAAAAUGUCUUCAAACACCGCAGCAGACGAAAUAGACGAGGCGAAGGAGCGAGCCCACUUUCGCGCCGUUGUGACCGCUUUUAAAUAUUAUAAACUAUGCAGUCUCGAUAGAAUACAGAAGUCAGAGAAAAUGAUCGCCAAACUGCCGUCCACGCACCAGCGCCGGCUAGAGAAGUACAAGUCCUACCUGUCCAAGUUUAAGAAGUGUCUGGACGUGAACAACAGCGUGGUGCAUCUAAUUAUCAAGGACGUGGACACAAUGUUCGAGAACGUGGACCACACGACGACGGACAACGGGAGCAAUGGCGCGGAGAGUUUCGGCUGCAACUACAACAACUGCGAGAUCAGCUCGCACAAGCAGCAUAAGAUGCAGCACGACGUUGAUAAGGUAGUGUCAGUACUGAAGAACAUAGUCCGCGAUUGGAGCGCCCUCGGUGCCGCGGAACGAGAUCAGUGCUACAAGCCGAUAUUGGAGGAAAUGGAGGAGAGGUUCCCACUGGACGAAUACAGUGAACGCAGCCGCAUUAAAGUUCUAGUUCCCGGUGCUGGGCUCGGGCGCCUCGCGUGGGAGAUCGCAGCUCGCGGUUACAGUUGCCAGGGCAAUGAGUUCUCGCUCUUUAUGCUGUUCGCAAGCAACUUCAUACUCAACCGAUGCCCUGAGGCAAACAAAUAUACGGUCCAUCCGUGGUUGCAUCAAUACGUGAAUAAUGUGACUUGCGACCAUCAACUGCAAGGGGUCACAUUCCCUGACGUGAGGCCUGGUGGUGACCGACCCAAUCACCACUUUUCCAUGACUGCUGGAGAUUUUCUCAAGGUAUACACAGAAGCAGAGCAAUGGAACUGCGUGGCAUCUUGCUUCUUCAUAGACUGCGCGCCCAACGUGAUAGAGUUCAUAGAGAGGAUAUACGCCAUCCUAGAGCCCGGCGGCUACUGGAUCAACCUCGGACCCCUGCUGUACCACUACAGUGACAUGCCAUCAGAGAGCAGCAUUGAGCCACCAUAUGACAUUCUACUGGAGAUUAUUAGAGACAUCGGCUUCGACAUAUUGAAAGAACAAACGGGCGUGAAGACGAAAUACGCCCAAAACCCCAACUCGAUGAUGCAACACGAAUAUGAUUCAGUGUUCUUCGUGUGCAGGAAACCUUACUGUAUGUAAACACAGACCCACACAACUACACGAAGUAUACGGGAAUUUUCAGAUAAAAGUGUAAGGUCACUGCGGCCAAAUCCGUCUGCGGGAAAUUAUGCGCAUUUUUCAUUUUUUCAACCGUAGGCAAUAAAGCGCUACUUUUGGCUAUACUCUGUAUCUUUAGGUAUGUAAAUAAAAGUAAACAAACAAUUUGUACAUUUCGGGUAGUUAUGACAUUUUUUGGUUAACCAACCAAAUACAAAACCGCCUGGAUCUGUCACUGAACGAUUUGACUUAAACCUACAUUAUUUGAUUGUGUAAUGUUUUCAUCUACCCUCAACUGGCUUAAGGAGACAUUUGAGGAUAGAUUUUGUUUACUUUUAUUUAAAUACCUAAAGAUACAGAGUAUAGAUGCGCAAAAAGCUUCUCUGAGUCAAAAAUAUUGAUUUAUAUCUUUCAUUUACGGAUAUAUAUCACUCAUUUCGCUCAGUGGAUCUGUAGAUUAUAUUGUUCACGAGCGAGUGGAGAGA